AUGUCUAUACAACGCCUUCAUUCAUUGGUUAUUAAUGUCUAUAUCGGGCCAUUGAAAGAUGGUGAAUUAACACUCUCUCUUUCUCUCUCUCUCUCUCUGCCCCGUUUUUUUUUCUUUUCUCUCUCUCUCCUGUCUUUCUCUCUCUCUCUCCUGUCUUUCUCUCUCUCUCUCUCUCUCUCUCUCUCUCUCCUGUCUUUUUUCUCUCUCUCUCUCUCCUGUGUUUUUUUUUCUCUCUCUCUCCUGUCUUUUUUCUCUCUCUCAAUCUCUCCUUUUUUUUUUUCUCUCUGUCUUUUUUUCUCUCUCUCCUGUCUUUUUUUCUCUCUCUCUCUCCUGUCUUUUUUCUCUCUCUCUCCUGUCUUUUUUUCUCUCUCUCUCCUGUCUUUUUUUUCUCUAGUAGGAAUCCUGUCUUUUCUCUCUCUCUCUCCUUCAUUUUUCUCUCUCUCUCUCUCUCUCUCUCUCUAUUUCUUUUAA